AUGGAAACAACAACAACAAUUCAAAGUUUCCAUUAUAAUUUAUUAAUUAACAAUAAUUCAACAAAAUCCAUAACCACAACCUCAAAAAUAAUAACAAAUUGUUCAAUGUUAUUUUUGAAAGAAUGGAGUCGUAGAUUUGGGGAAAUACAAAAUACUGUUGAUAUUAUUAUGUUUUGUUUAUGUACUUUUGCUGUAUUUUUAAAUGUUUCUGUUAUUCAUAGUGCAUUACGGCUUUUCCAAAAGAAUUUUGACACAAUACACGUUUACAUUAUUAGUAUGACUAUUGCUGAUUUGCUUAUUGUUUCAUGUAUGAUGUUAGAAUCACUUGAUCGUUUAUUCCUUUUUCUAACACGUUUACCUUGUUCUGCUUUACAUUUUAUUGGAUGGAUGAGUUGGUCAGCAUCUAGUUUAUCUUUAGUAUUACUUAAUAGCGAUAAACUACUCUAUUUUUGUUUUCCUUUACAUUAUCGAAUAAUUAAAUCUGUUAGGAGAACAGUUAAACUUUGCCUUUUUGUUUGGAUUUUAUCUUGCUGUUUUGUCAGUUAUGUUUGGCUUUCAAAUAUUUUAAAUAUUGGACCUUCAAAAUAUUUUGUUAGAUGCUCGACAAGUUUAAAUACUGGCAAAUUACAUAUUUUUACUUUUUAUACUCUUCUUGUUUGUGUUCUAUCUAUUUUCUCCUCAUUAAUUGUUAGCUGCCACCUGUUACGUUUGAUGAGUCGAAAAAGAAGACACAGUCUUCGAACAACUUUACAAAUUACAAGUUCUACUAGUAGUGAAGAACAAAUAACAUUAGCACCUGCUUUUACAAGAAAAGUCCGUUCACUCGUUUUUAUCUUCAUAACAACAGUUUGGACUGCCAUAAGUCUCUUGCCUUACCGUGUAUUUGUAUUAGCACAAUACAAUUAUCUUGAUACUAUGCUAGCUGAUAUUUGUGGAUGGAAGGCUUUAUGGUUAAGUCAAUUGGGGUGGCUACUACAUUAUUUACUUAAACUUAAUCCUAUUGUUAAUCCUUGUAUUACGGCUUUUAUUUACCAUCCCUAUCGAAUGGAUUUUGCUAAACGAUUAAACAGACAUUUUCACGGCAGUACAAGAACACAGGAGGAGGCUGAACUUUAA